AUUUGAACAUGGAAUUCAAUCCUUCAGACCAUCCUCGGGCCAGCACAAUAUUCCUCAGUAAAUCUCAGACGGACGUGAGAGAAAAACGGAAGAGUCUCUUCAUUAACCAUCAUCCUCCAGGACAAACAGCAAGGAAAUACAGCUCCUGCUCCACAAUUUUCCUAGAUGAUAGCACAGUCAGUCAACCAAACCUCAAGUAUACAAUUAAAUGUGUAGCUCUCGCAAUAUAUUAUCACAUCAAAAACAGGGACCCAGAUGGAAGGAUGCUGUUAGAUAUUUUUGAUGAAAACCUUCAUCCUCUUUCGAAAUCCGAAGUGCCACCAGAUUAUGACAAACACAACCCAGAGCAGAAGCAGAUUUACCGGUUUGUUCGGACACUGUUCAGUGCUGCUCAGCUGACGGCUGAAUGUGCCAUUGUCACUCUGGUAUACCUUGAAAGACUUCUAACAUAUGCAGAGAUAGAUAUCUGUCCAGCUAACUGGAAGCGAAUUGUCCUCGGGGCUAUCCUGCUGGCUUCCAAGGUGUGGGAUGACCAGGCUGUGUGGAAUGUGGAUUACUGCCAGAUCCUGAAAGACAUCAGCGUGGAGGAUAUGAAUGAGCUAGAGCGACAGUUUCUUGAAUUGCUCCAGUUCAACAUCAAUGUUCCUUCCAGUGUUUAUGCCAAGUAUUAUUUUGAUCUUCGUUCUCUGGCAGAAGCAAAUAACCUGAGCUUUCCUUUGGAGCCUCUGAGCAGGGAGAGGGCUCACAAGCUUGAGGCCAUCUCUCGCCUCUGUGAGGACAAAUACAAGGACCUAAGGAGACCUGCAAGGAAACGGUCAGCCAGUGCUGACAAUCUGACUGUGCCGAGGUGGUCCCCAGCCAUCAUCUCCUAACUGUGGGUGUCCCCACUGGAAGCUGUACUAUCCCUUAGUUUCUCCUUUAAUUUGAGAAAAGACAGACUUAUGAUGGUUUUGUUUUUUGUUUCUUUCCUUUUUAAAUUCAUAGUUCCAUCAGGCUGCCUUGAUUACUGCCUUCAUGCUUUGUGGUCCACAUGCAGCAAGGCUUUGAGGGAAGCAAAAUCAGUAUUCUGGAAAUUCUGUUUCACAAUUUACCCUGUCGUCAUUAACAGCACUUUGUUUGUGAAGAAAAAAGACUCUAAUCCUGGAGGAGGAAGUAAAAGGGGAAGAGAAGUUGUUUAGAGGCAGGAAAAAUGGCUAAAUUACAUGGCCAUUUCUUAAGUCCCCUAUCUGGUCAGUAGGUGAAUACAAGGGAAAACACAGCAGUAGGCAACACAGUUAGAUGUGCAUUAAAGACAAGAGUACUGCCUUUA